AUGCGCAUGUGCCGCCUCAGGCUCCCACUCCUGCUCCUGCUCCCGCUCCCACGCCUCCUCCUCCUCCUCACCAGUCGUCGUCGUCGUUGCGCUCCGUUGUCGUCGUCUCGCACGCUACCAUUUGCUCUCUGCCCGUCUUUCGGCCCCCUCCAAACCUGGACUCCCCCUGUUCCGCGGCUCCAGCUGGUCCAUGUCCCGCCUACAUACACACACACACACACGCACGCACACGUAGGCACCCACAUGCGAGGCUGGCGCUCUACCCGCAGCCCCAAGUUGAUGGCUGCUUCGCUCGCCCGAGUGCAUGCAAAGCACAGGUAUGUGUGUGUUCAUCUGUCUGUGUCUAUGUGCAUCCUAUCGGCUGCGGAACUUGAUUACCUGGGGCCCACGGGCCCCCCCCCCAAUCACGAUGCUCAACUCGUGGCCGUGCUAGCUCUCUCUCGCUCCUCUGCUGCCCGUCAAUCGGGGCAAGAUCGCCGACCAACGACGCGACGACUCGACUCUCACACGGCCCGUCGAAACACAGGGCUGACCGUUUCGCCAGUAAGUGUCGUGUUACAGAAACAUGACGACGCAGAUGCCCCGAUCGGUCCCUGGUGUCGUUGCUGCCCGUGGCCACACUACCACUACGCCUUCCGCUCCGGACUUGGGGUCAGCGGAGAGGAGCCUUCUUGUUCUCGUUAG